AUGAUUUUGGGAACAGAAGUUAACGAGUUUGUUUCUAAUAGACAAUAAUCUAAAAUUCAUUAUCUCUAAGAGGAGAAUAAGUAAUUGUAGGAAUAUAUUAUUGAUCUUGAAAAUGCCUUAAAACUAAAUAAGUAAGCUAUGGCUCUUACUAUGGACGGAAUGAACAAGCGAGGUCAGACAAGUGAUUCCAGCACAAUGUCGAUGUGUUACACGAAUUAUCAGAAUUCUCAAUUGGAAGGCGUAAUAAAAUUAUUGAAUGAAGAAAAUGAGAAACUCAUGAAAGGAUUCUCUAAUCAAUAGAAAAUAGCUUAAUAAUUAUAAACGAAGUUACUACUACAAGAAUAGAUAUCAGAAGAACAGCAAAACUAUUACAAAGAUUUAAUAGGCGAUUUAGAAUAUAAGUUAAUAGACUUGAAAAGGAAUAUCCAUGAUAAGGAAUAUGCAAUCCAGGAAUUGGAGAGAAUGAAACCUAUCUAAGAAAGAGAAGGAUAAUUAGUAAAAUCAAUUGAAAUUGUCACUCCAUCAGAGCAGAAUUUAAAAUUGCAUGAAGAAUUAGAAAAUGUUCGAAAUUUGCUUAACAAAAUUACUACCGAAGCUUAAUCCAUUACAGAAACCAAUAAUACACUGAGAGAAGUCAAUUACGUAUAGUCUUAAUCUAAUUAAAUAGCAUUUGAAGAGAGAAAUCUUUAAAAUGAGAAUAGUCCUACGCAGUUAAACGAAUUAUUAGUGUAUGAAAGAGUAGAUUUUGUUUUUAAAGAGUUUCUUGAUAAGACUGAUGACAAUUUGGAUCUGAACAGAGAAGUUUAAAAUCAUAGAGGAAAAUUAGAGUCUCUGCAUCAAGAAUUAUAUGGUACUAAUGGUUUGGGAUAUGGAUUCUCUCCAGAACCUUAGUAACUCAAAUAUUUAAGCAAAAAUGAGAGAAUGAUAUAUUAAGAAAAAUUGCAUAAGAUGGAAAUGAUGGUCAAAGGAUUUAAAGAAUUGUUUGAAAAAGAAAAAAACGCCAACAUUCAUAUUCGAUAAUUGUACAAUACACUACUCUCAAAAUAUGAAUCCAUAUUAGAUACAAAUGAACUUAUCAUCAAAUCUAACCAAUUGAAAGAUGAAAGAAAUGAAAAAUAACAGAUUGAGCUACAUUUUUAUAAAAAGCAAACCCAAAGUUUAAUGGAGCAAUUGAGAAAUAGAAAAACUACAUUCAAUUCCAUCGUUCUUAAUUAAGAAUAGGACAUUGCUGUUAAUAUCUUCAGUCCACGCUUUCAAUAGAAGACACAACCCAAUUCUUAAUAAUCGUCCACAAUGAAAACUUAAUAGUAAAAAAUUAAUGAAUGUGACAUUAAGUCAUCUUCAAAAGAUCUCUAAUAAUAACAUAACUAAUCUCAAUAGGCCUAAAAGUAAUAAAAUGUUAUUACUUAAAAACCUAUUCUACCACAAUUAGAAAUCAAUGAUUCCUCCUCUGAAGAGCAUGCCAAAUAUAUUUGUCAAACAGCCAGAGGAGAUACUCAAUAAUUAAAAAAAUUGAACUAUCAAUAAUAAUAAGGAUAAAUACUUUAAUAUUAUGAUAUGACAAAAUAGGAAUGCAUUGGAUUUUUAAUGUCUAUGUUUAAUGAUUACUUUAAGAAAUUAGAUUUCAGUAAUGUUAAAAAGUUGCAAUUAAUGAAAUAAAUUGAAGAAAAGCCUCUUGAAAAAAAGGGCAUCAAAAGAUCAUAUAGCAAUCCAUUCUUAUACUUUUCAAAUACAAAUAAUAUUGCUUUUAAUUAACCACCCAAAUAAUCAGUUGUGGCCAUCACCAAAAAUGAAAUUCAAUUAUUAUUAGCUGAAUUAUAGAGUAAAAAAUAACAUAAAAAUGAUCAUUAAGAAUUUGGAAAUGAUCUUUUUAGUGUUGAUGUUUCAAAAAUAGAUAUCAAACAAAAUAAAAAACGACUUAUCGAUAAUGAUCUAAGCUUUAUUUCUAAUUUUGAAUAAUAAGACUGA